UGCUAUGAUGUCACUCCACCCCACUCACAUACAAAGGCGUGAGCGAGAGAAGCACACAUACUCACUCUAGUGCACUCAAACACAACUCUGCUCCGGCUGACUCGGCACCUCUCACUCAGAAUAACUCCUACACUCACUGCUAGAGGAAUGAGCAGAGCUGAAACCACACAAACAGCGCCAGCUACAGGACGACAGGGGUAAUUUUCCUUCCGAGAGGAGAACAUAAGAGAAGCACUCUUUAGAGAGUGUUUUCUGUUUACUUGCACACGCUCACCCGGCAGUUAGGACCAGGCCACUCACGCCCCACCAUGCUGCAGCAGAUCCUGGCAGACAUGUACAUCGACCCAGACAUUCUGGAGGCUCUGAACGAGGAGCAGAAGAAGACGCUCUUUCUGAAGAUGAGAGAGGAGCAAGUGCGGCGGUGGAAGGAAAGAGAGGAGAAGGAGGGAAAAGAGGGGAGGAAAGAAAAGCCCAAGCCAAAGAAAGGACCCUGUAAGAGUGUAAGCUGGCUCCUGGGACGAGAUGGAGAGGUGCAUGUGUGUGUUAUUGGAGAGAUGGAGGAGUCAAAGUCCCACAAACUCAUCCUGUCUGAACUCAGGGAGCAAAACAGGACCAACUCCAGCAAAGCCAACAGACCUCAGGCUACAGAGCCUCUCAAAAGCAGCAUGGCCAGCAGACCGGCCCAGCAGGCCAGCACUAAACCCGGCAUAGAGCUGCUGCUCAAAAAGGCAGCAGAGAUGAACCACUCGGGCAGUGUCCCAGACAGCCAGAAACAGGACAGCGAUUCUGAUUCUCUAGAUGACCAAAAGGACCCAAAGGACAAUUCAGACUCCUUGAAUUCUGUGACCAACCAUAACAGUGAUCUGGCUAAUUCCCAACCCCAGAGGAUAGACAGAGACAUAUCUAUGACAGAGAGACUGAACCAGCUUAAUUUGCAGAGAAACGCCAAGGAGCAGCUGUCUGUCAAAAACGAGCCCCGCCCACAGGACACGCCCACACAAGAGAAAGGAGUGACAAACGAACAGUCGAUCAGCUCUUCUUACGGAAGCCGUGUGGCUCAGCUGAGGAAGAACUUUAACACGCCAAACGCCAAAACCACUUCACCAUGUGCCAAACCGCCCAUCCCCACCAAACCAGCUCAUCUGCUGACCUCUGCUUCAGCCAGAUAAACACGCACACGGAGCAAAUCGGCUCAUCUGCCGGCCUCCGUCGCUAUCAGAUAAACACACACACACACAAAGCAUCUGAGCUGUGGACUCUGGUUAAUUUAACGUACCUGUAAAUAAACCUCGAACAAAGCAGAGAAAUGAACUCCUUGCAUUCUACCCUGAGCUGAUGUACAAACAGACAUCAGCCUGAGAAGCCUACAGAUUCACAAGGAGAGAGGACGAAAGUGAGAGUCAUAUACUGUAUAUACGGCCAAAACCCUCUCGAUCUCUGCACUGCACUGCAGCACUACAACUCCAAAGGGUCAACACACACACACUUACACACACAGCCCUGACUUUCAUGUCUUGACAUGCCUCCCUGAAUUUGGUUUUCACAAGUUAUGGCGUCCACUGUCCAGUGGACUGAGUUUUGUGCUAAUGCUUUCACAUUCUGUACCUGUGUCUUGUUUUUUUAUAACACAACGAGUUCUCUUAAAGGGAAGAAAGACCAAAGGUGUUUUCUACUCUUUUGUAUUAUCGAAUGUGCUUUUGUAAAUAUCACCAUGUGUUAAACAUGGAAAUAAAACUUUGCUGGAUUUCAGUGCUGCAUA